CGGCGCCGCGGGCAGCCCGCGAGAAGGCCGGGAAGAUGGCGGCCCCCUGGAGGCUGGGCUGGGAGCCGUGGCUGCUUCGCUGCGUGUUGGGCUUCGGCGGCCGCCGAGGCCCGGCGGUGCUUAAGGGGGCUGCCGGGUGGUCCGCCGGCCGCGGAGCUAGUCGGAGAUGGCUUCACAGCACGCGGCGGCUGCAGGCUGAUCCUAUUAAGAUACUAAUGCCAUCACUGUCUCCUACAAUGGAGGAAGGGAACAUUGUGAAAUGGCUGAAAAAGGAAGGUGAAGCUGUGAGUGCUGGAGAUGCCUUAUGUGAAAUAGAGACCGACAAAGCUGUGGUUACCUUAGAUGCGAGUGAUGAUGGCAUUUUGGCCAGAAUAGUGGUUGAAGGAGGAUCUAAAAAUGUACGGCUCGGCUCACUAAUUGGUUUGCUGGUUGAAGAAGGACAAGAUUGGAAACGUGUUGAAAUUCCCAAAGAUGUAGGUCCUCCGUCACCACCUUCGAAACCAUCAGUGCCUCACCCCUCACCAGAACCACAGACUUCUAUCCCUGUCAAACCGGAAGUCACACCAGGGAAACUGCAGUUUCGUUUAAGUCCAGCUGCCCGCAAUAUUCUGGAAAAACACACACUGGAUGCUAGCCAGGGCACAGCCACCGGCCCCCGGGGGAUAUUCACCAAAGAGGAUGCUCUCAAACUGGUCCACUUGAAACAGCUGGGCAAGAUCACUGAGUCCAGACCCGCCCCAGCCCCUCCAGCUGCUCCCACGGUACCUCUGCCUGCACAGGCCCCAGCAGGACCAUCUUAUCCCCGGCCCAUGAUCCCACCCAUGUCGAUUCCGGGACAACCUAAUGUAGCGGGCACAUUCACUGAAAUCCCCGCCAGCAAUAUUCGAAGAGUGAUUGCCAAGAGGUUGACUGAAUCUAAAAGUACCAUACCUCACGCAUAUACUACUGUCGAUUGUGACCUUGGAGCUGUUUUAAAAGCUAGACAAAAUCUGAUCAGAGAUAACAUUAAAGUGUCAGUAAACGAUUUUAUCAUCAAGGCAGCAGCUGUUACCCUUAAACAAAUGCCGGGUGUCAAUGUAAGCUGGGAUGGAGAGGGCCCAAAGCAGCUGCCCUUCGUUGACAUUUCAGUGGCUGUGGCAACAGACAGAGGUUUAAUUACACCAGUCAUAAAAGAUGCUGCUGCUAAGGGCAUACAGGAAAUUGCUGACUCUGUAAAGGCUCUGUCAAAGAAGGCAAGAGAUGGAAAACUGUUACCUGAAGAAUACCAAGGAGGAUCUUUCAGAUGCCAGAGCUUGAUAAGCAGAAGUAUCUCCUGAGUUUCCCAGAUGUUCUGCAGGUUUCUCGGACAUGCUCGUGUGUGAAGUGUGUCGCUUCUGCACCCUCAUCCUUACAGUGUGUCAGCAACACGGUGUUCGUAAAAUAGAACACAGGCUCAUGCCUUGUGGGGUGCUAGACUGGUUGGUUUCUCCCACUCUUCCCCACUCCCAAACCCCUAAAUGUGUCAGUCUCGCCUUCACCUAACCGUCUUUUCUCAAGGGUCUGGGGAAUGUCAGUGGAGCAUUUCUGUGCCUAGGUUUCAAGAACACACUGAUUAAGCAAAAGUGAUACCAUUGGUCAAGAUGAACCAUGUUUUCUGGAAUAUGUUCUGAGGCCAGUUACCCUUUUAGGGGUGUGGAUGUAUGACAGUUUUACGAUGGCGGCAUUGACUCAUGUCUUAUUUGGAGCUCAGAGAAGUCUUUUUGUGCGGUUAUGUUUGUAACACCAUAAAUAAGACAUCCAAAAGCCAUUCACCCGAAGACUCCUCCUUUCUUACCUGCACCAGUUGUUUUUUUAUAAAUGAAAAAUUACACUCCCUUUACUUCUAGGAUGACUCUUUAGCAAAGGUUUCUCCCUCAUGAAACUCAGAUAAUAAUAACAGAUAUUAGGUGGGCUUUUGCUUCUUUAGUUUUUUAAGAGAAAAGUCAUUAAGGAGAAGGUGGGGGGGAAUGGGACUCACGAAUGGAACAGUACUCAUGGUGUUGAAUAGAUGUGUGGACAAGGACAGGAGUACCAUGGACAGUCAGAAAUCUGAUCAGAUUAGAGACAGGUCUGGCUAUUUUUUUUUAAAGAAAACUUUAAAGUUUCAUGCAGUUUUUCUUUCCAGCGCUGAAGGAAGCCCUGGAGUGCUGAGGGUUGGCUUUCGGCAUCGGCCUAAAGUUACCAAAAAACAGGACUACUAAGUAACAGAGUUUUUUAAAUUUCUGUACUUCUUGGUUUGGUAACUGUUUUAUUUCACCUUUAGAAAGACGUUUAAGUCAGAAGCAAUGACAAUUUAAAAAUGAAUGUGCAAGAAACCACGAUGUUCCUGUGCAUUCUGCUUGGUGAAAGGCGAAAUGCUCUCUGGUCCUUUAGUUUUGUGCCGCAAACAUGUUCCAGAUGCGACAAGAAGGUUGACACUCCUCUUGUCCCCUGCUUUGACACCUCUACUCCAUCUCCUCUGUUCCUGGGAGCCAUCCGAUGUGGAGUCAAGGGGGAGGACAUUUGUUAGGCUGUGGUGCCAAGACUGCCGUCUGUUAAGCUGCUCUCAUUUGUCCCACGUGGCAGGUGUGGUCAGAGCAGCUGGAAGCUGUCCCUCCCUGGACCCUUCUUAGGAAGGGCUGGAUUCGGCAGGUUAAAUUAUCUGCUUUGCGUUCUCAGGAAAAUCUCUUUUCCUUUUGGUUUGUGUUCUUGUACAAUUCUUUGUGUUUUUCUUGACGAGAAUGGUACACUGAAGCGCUGAGACAAGGGCGUGGAGCUACAGGAUAGAAGCUGAAGAGCUUGUUCAGCCUGUUUUUCCUCUUGGCUCAGGCAGUGGUGUGCUGGGAAAUGUUUAACACCCUGCUCUCUGGAUAAGAAAUGUAUAUGCAUGUAUCAUUGAAGGUAUGCCUAUUAGAAAUUUUACUGAUAAUAAGAUACAAAAUUCACAAAUUUAAUAGAAUAUGCAAUACUAUUAAAUACAAUGUGUAUAAAUACAGUAAUAUAAUCCAAUAAAAUUCACAAAUGAUAACGAGA